CGCUUCUUCACGCAGACUGGCCAGCACCUCGUCCCCUUCCCGUCCACAUCUCGCCCACGUCUGCCUUACCUCUCGCAGCCCACCCUCCGCCCAACCACUAGCCUCCUCGGCCCAAAUCCACAACUCGCCCGCCUUCUGUCAACGGAGACACGCCGUUACAUCCGGGAGCAAGUCUGGCUAGCGACGAAAUGGUCGGCCUACCUGUGGACUACUGUAAUUCUUCUCAGCAUCUCCUACUUCGGAUUCAAGCUCGAAUGGGAUGAGCGAGAGCGCCCGACGCCGGACGAAUGGCGCUUCUACACACGACAGGCGCUCCGCGCCGCAAGGGAGGCAUUGAGCGCGGUGGAGGAGGGACGCAGUAUCAUGGUCGAUUGGGCCUUUGCCGGAAACCAAUUUCGGGCUUGUCUGGAGAGACUGGAGGACCGUGCCAAGGAAGGCAAGGGCAUCCGUGAGGUGGAGGAGGGAGGCUUGCUAGUAGAGGGAGUUGGCAAGACGGGGUUGGAUGUUAGUGGGAAGUCGUGGCCGUGGCGAGCGGGUUACUAUGAGGUGCUCAUGGGAUGUGCGAUGGUGGCGGAACAUCUCGACGACAUGGUACUGGACAAGACGAGGCGAGUUGUCUUCCCAAAGGAGUACAUGAUCGGGCCAUCCAACCCAGAUCCGCGACCAGUAUCAGCACGUAUGAAGGCUGCACCCCGCGAAGAGGACUGCGAGCGGCCAUUCGAUCCUCCAGAAACGUACUACAUGCGCAUCCUGACCACCACUGGUUUCACCACGAAGCAAAAGCUCGACGCAGCACUAGCGUACGCCAACUGGCUUGAGUUCAAAGGCCUCAGUGAGAGCGCAGAAGAGAUGUACAGAUGGGGCGUCGACAUCGCCAAAGCUGCGCUUCCUUCAGCAACACCAGCAGACGCGCUGCUAGACCCGCAGACAACCGUCUUCAAAGCAGACAGCGCCAACGCCGCAACGCAAAACCUCCUACACGCCACUACGGCCCUUGCAAUUCACCGUGCCCGUACCGGCAACGUCUCCUCCGCCUUACCAAUGCUACUCUCCGUCCUACGCGCCUACCGCUCUGCACCCAUCUCACCUUUCUCGCAGUCGGAACUCGCGGCCGCAUCAGCUCCCAAACGUGCCCAAACAGACAUUGGUGCUUUCUUCCAGUUCUUCGGCAACAUCUUCACGCCUCCCAAGUUUCCUCCGCCGCCUCCGUCAGGCGACCUGCCGUUUAUGCGAGAUACUGACAAGCCGACUUGCGAGGAGAGUGAGCUCAUGCUGUACAUUGGCGAGAUCUUGUUCGCAACGAGUCCGCAGGCGGCAGAAGGCGUUGGAUGGACAAAGCAGGCUGUGGAAAUUGCGGAGGCCAAUUUACGACCUGGAGCCAGCAUGCCGGUGCCUGCUGGUGGGGAUGCAGAGAAAGAGAGGGAGAAGUGCAGGUCUUGCCUCAUGACAGGAGUUGGUAACUGGGAGACGAUGCUCAGGCGACUUGCUGAGCAGCAA